CCUUCAACGGUGUGGGCCUCCGCGACAGCGUGGCCGCGGCGGCAGCUUCGCUAGUGAGGGGCAGCCCUCAUUUUUGCUGCCCUCUCCAGCUUUUUGCUCUGCUUUUUGUUUGAAUGGCCGGCCCUAAAGCGCGGCUCCCAGACCAGGAUUGCCCGCCCCAGGACGCACGGAUCAGUCAUGGCGGCCCUGGAAGCGCAGCAGCAGCAGCUCACCAGCGAUGCCCCAGUGGAAGCUGCCGCGCCUCCUGAACUACCCUGGUGGAUGCAAACUCCGUCCGUGCAGAGGCUGCUCGCAGAGUACGAUUCCAAGACGGACGCGGAGCGGGCGGAGAUCAAGCGGCGGGCCGAGGAAGCCGAGGAGGAGGCGUUCCAGCGAAUCGCCGCCCGGACGACGCCAAACAAACCGACGGAAGAAGGCGCGCAGCUCCGGACCCUCGCCGCGGCGCGCUAUGUGAGCCGCCUGGAGAGCGUCCACGACCACGUGCCGAAGCGCGAAGAAUUGGAAUUGUUCGCCGACUUGAUCGGCAAGCUCGGCCUGCGCAUCGACUACGACCGGUACGAGGUCGUGCGGCGCAAGGUGUUGGAGGCGGGCGGGACGCCCGGCUUCUGGGAGCAAGCGCAAAACGCGACGCGGUUCUUCAGCGUCCGGCCGCGGGCCGCGGACGGCACGGUCGCGGUCGCGGCGCUGCGGCAAGCGACGUUCGACGAGGCGGAGAGUCUAUGCGUGCUCGCGUCGCGGGCGCGGAAACUUCCGGAAGGGGGUGUAAGUUCUUCUUGAUUCA